AUGAGAAGUUUUCCGCUUCGAUUCAUUGCUCAGAAAACCACACAAGUAUUCAGAUCAAAUUAACCCCUUUCGAAAUUAAUGCCUUGCAGAAUAAUCAGAUUUCAUUAUUCCCAGGAGUUCAUUCAUAAUAACAAUAGCAAUAAUACUAAGGAUCAGAGCAAAAAGGAUAAUAAAACUAUCGAUAUUCAACCCUAAUAAAUGAUCGAGCUAUUCUAAAAGUUGGUUGCUUUGAGGAAAGAAGAAUAUACUGAAAUAAAUUGUAUUUCAUAAUUAGAUAUUUGUAGAGGAAAGUAUGAUCAUAGCAUUGGAAUAAUUAGAACCUUUUAUUGAAAACUUCAACAUUCAUUAAUUAGAAUACUUUUUGGUUUUAGCAAAUGAGAUAAUUGACAUUGAUCAAAAACUUACUGAUAAAUUGUUUGAAUAGAAUAAGCACCUCUUGUAUUCAGAGUAUCCAAAUUUCAUUAGCAUUUAGAUAAUCUGAUUUCAAUUAGUGUUUAAAAGUCCUUGCCUUAUUGACUGAAAAUCCACUUGAAGAGCCACAAUUAGAAAACUUCAUCAAAAUGAUCUUUACAAUUCUUGAGAUUCCUGAUCUUGAUGCAUCCAUUCUUGGUUAAUCUAUCUAUGUAUAUGGACUAAUCAUUAAACAAUAUCAAAUAGAAUCGAAAGAAUUCUAUGAAUCAAUCACUAGACAUUUAAAAAAAAUUGAUUUAGAUUAUGAGGAAAUCAUGGCCAAGGGUAAAAAGGAUUCAUAAUUAAUUAAUUUUACUUAACAAGACCUCAAAUUACUAGCCUUAGGAUUGUAUUUAGGUGGAUGUUAAAGUUCUGUUCUUGGAAAAUAUAUUUCAUUAAAAGCACAAAGUAUUUUUGUCGAAAUCUCGAAUCUCAUUUUGAUAUCUAAAUUUAUGUUUAAACAAGAAUCAGUAGAGCAAGAAUUCUUGAUUUACUUUAAGCAAUAACUUGAGAAGACAAAAAAUAAGAUUUAGCCAGAUGACUUAAUGCAAUUGGCCAUUUCUAUCAAAUAGAUGAAAUAGCCAGACCAAUAGAUAUUAGAAUUCAUUGUUAAAGAAUUCUUGAGGACCAAAAGCAAUUUUACAAUAGGGGAUAAAGCAUUCAUAUAUCAAAAGAUGGCAUAAAUGCUUUGUACAUCCCAGGAAUUAUGGACUCAAUUUGCAUCAGAAGUGAAAGAAAUUGUAGAUCAAUGUGAAUGGUUUGAUGCUUGCUUGAUGUUUCAUGGCAUUUUCGAUGUAAUCCUAUCUGAUUAUUUAGGUGUUCUAAGCCUUGUCACCAGAAUGUCAAGAAUUCAUAUUCAACUAUAUCAUUGGGCAUGAGAAUGAGAUCGAUAGUGAAAUGAAGGAACUGCUAUUCACAAAGUUGAAAGAGAAGGGGAUCAUUACGGAAGAAGAUGUUGAGGAAUCAAAAAAGCAAAAAUGA